GUUUUCUGAUAAAUAAACGAAGUUAAGGUACUUCUGGUUAUACAAAACACGACUAAGUGGUCAUAUAUGAGCAGAUGGUGCAGCAUGUCACAGCAGUAGAUGUCUGGUGGCAUAGGAGACUUCUGUCGGCUGACGUUUCCCAGCUGUUUGGGAUAUCACCAGGAUCUUUCAGAAGACCUCUCCUCAACAGGGGGCAUGGCGCGAGAACCGGUGAUACUCAAUGUAUAUGACAUGUACUGGAUCAACGAAUAUACGUCAAACAUUGGACUCGGUGUCUUUCAUUCGGGCCUGGAGAUCUAUGGCUUUGAGUAUGCCUACGGCGGUCAUCCGUUCCCUUUCUCCGGCAUCUUCACCAUCCGGCCGAGGGACGCCGACGACCUGGGCGAGCAAUUCAAGUUCAAACAAUCCAUCCACUUGGGCUACACGGACUUCACUCGGGAAGACUUGGACCGGAUUAUCGAGGAAAUGGGGAAGGACUUCAGGGGCGAGCGGUAUCAUCUAAUCAACAAGAACUGCAAUCAUUUCACCUCUAACCUGGCCCAGCUGCUGGUGGGCCGUGAGAUCCCCUCCUGGGUGAACCGGCUGGCCUCGGUCAGCGCCAUGGUGCCCUUCCUGGAGCGCUGCCUGCCCAAGGAGUGGCUGACGCCGGUGGCGCUGCAGCACUCGCUGGAGGAGCAGGUGACGGGCGACGCCGCCCCCGGCACCGCAUCUAACUAA